AUGUUUCCUCCCUCCACAGGCAAUGGAGUACAAAAUGUGUCCACUGUUGCUGAGUUUGAACUACUAGGAUUCCAGAACCUUCUUGAGUGGCAGAAUCUGCUCUUUGCCAUUUUCCUGUUUAUCUACUCCCUCACACUCACAGGGAAUGUUGUCAUUAUUGCAGUGGUGAUCCAGGACCAGCGGCUGCACUCACCUAUGUACACGUUCCUCAAACACCUCUCCUUCCUGGAGAUCUGGUAUACCUCCACCAUUGUGUCCCUUCUCCUAGCCAACCUGCUGUCUUGGGGCCAAGCCAUUUCCUUCCCCGCCUGCAUGGCACAGCUCUACUUCUUUGUGUUCUUCGGGGCUACCGAGUGCUUUCUUCUGGCGACAAUGGCCUAUGACCGCUAUCUGGCUAUCUGUAGCCCACUCCACUACUCUUUCCUGAUGAAGCCGGAGAUCUGCACCAAGUUGGUGGCAGUCUCCUGGGUGGCAGGGGUUGGCACAGGAUUUCUGCCCUCUCUGAUGAUUUCCAGGUUGGAUUUCUGUGGGCCCAACCAGAUCAAUCAUUUCUUCUGCGACCUCCCUCCCCUCAUGCAGCUCUCAUGUUCCAGUGUUUAUAUGACUGAGAUGGUCGUCUUUAUCCUGUCAAUCAUUGUGCUGUGCGUUUGCUUUUUUCUUACACUCGUGUCCUAUGUUUUCAUUGUGUCCUCCAUAUUGAGAAUUCCUUUUGUCUCUGGCCGGAUGAAGACCUUUUCCACGUGCAGCUCCCAUUUGGCUGUUGUCACUAUCUACUAUGGGACCAUGAUUUCCAUGUAUGCUCGCCCCCAUGCCCACCUGUCACCUGAAAUCAACAAGAUAAUUUCUGUCUUCUACACUGUGGUCACACCGCUGCUGAACCCGGUUAUCUACAGCCUGAGGAACAAAGAUUUCAAAGAGGCCAUUUUAAAAGGCAUGAGAAGAAAGUGUGGCAUCUAUGGAGUAAGAGUGAAGGGAAGUUUUUUAAUUAGGUAA